AGAAGGAAGCUCAGGAGAAAACGGACGGCAGCGAAUACUCCGGUUAAAGUGAAUCCUUCAUUUUAUCUGCCGUGCGAGAAGUUGUGUAUUUUGUCACGGAUUUCCAGAUAAACUAUCGCCGACGAGGUACACAACGAAAGUGUACGACACACGGUAGAUUUACCGAAACUGGUGGUCGGUACCAAGUUAAUGUUCGGUGGUUGGUACGUGUUUGUUCUUUUCCGACAUUGAUGUAGCAAAAGAAAGGAAGAAAGAAAGAAGAAUUUAGCAUCUUGUGGUAGUGGCACUCAGUGGUAAUAGAAAGUGAAAUCAAAGAAGAAGAAGCAUAGAACACUGCCCGAAUGAAAGUUCUGGGCUUCGCUCACACAUAUCUUUGUUGAAAGCAGUGGAAUUUUGCGAGAGUAGCCGCCAGGUGCCGUCAGACGAUAAACUAACGAUUUAGACGAUUAGUGUGCAUACGCGUGCGUGUGCGUACUGUAUGUGACACUACGAAUUAAAGGGUUUGCAAAAAGAAACAGACAUUAGAACGUCGCACGAAACCCUUGCAUUGUGCAUUGUGCAAAGCAAAGCGCGGGUAGAAAAAGUAAAAAAUAACCACCAUUGGAACGACGACCGGCAGCGAGCGGCAAAUCAGCUACGGAGCGUGCGGCGGAUAGAGAGAAAAAAUAAUAAAAAGGAAGACACCGUGUCGUUAAAAAAAACAUAGCGCAAAUAACAACGCCAGAAAGGACUGCGUACAGUAGAGCGAGAGCCGAAUAGACAAAGAGCAAGCGCGCGAAAGAAACAGGUGUUGAGUGUCGUUUCGUUUUGGAGCGAAGAGAGAACACAUCUCUCGCAUCGCUAAAGAGGGAGAUCUAGGAGCCAUUGUCGCCGUACAGCAGCCGCCAACCAACCAACCGGGCAACCAACAGAAAUCGUAGCGAAACCUACGCGCGCAAUAGGACUGGGGAGUAGCUGGUACUGUGUAGAGGAGCGUUUGCGACACUACGUUGACAGUGGUUUUGCAGAAGAAUCGUAUCGAAUAAGGGUGCAGAUUGGAGUCCACAGGAGGCGGCGAAUCGUGUGCGAUUGGUAGAUAUCUAAUCUAAUCCAACAUCUAGUAGGCUGUGUUUAUUGAAUCGUCCAGAAAAGAAUCAAAAUGACAGACGAAUCCUACCCCAAGACGCUGUACGUCGGCAGCCUCGACCCAUCUGUCACGGAGGAGCUCCUGUGCACACUCUUCAGUCAGAUGGGCGUCGUGAAGAGUUGCAAGAUAAUCCGGGAGGCUACCAACGAUCCGUACGCGUUCAUUGAGUAUGCGAACCAUCAGUCGGCCCAAACGGCGUUGGCGGCAAUGAACAAGCGUAUGUUUCUAAAGAAGGAAAUAAAGGUCAAUUGGGCGACGAGCCCCGGAAAUCAGCCGAAGACGGACACCAGCCAGCAUCAUCACAUCUUCGUUGGUGACUUGAGCCCGGAAAUCGAGACCGAAACGUUGCGCGAAGCGUUUGCACCGUUCGGUGAAAUUUCCAACUGCCGUAUUGUGCGAGAUCCGCAGACGCUCAAAUCGAGGGGUUACGCGUUUGUGUCAUUCGUAAAGAAGGCCGAGGCCGAAAAUGCAAUCGCAAUGAUGAAUGGUCAAUGGCUAGGUUCGCGCUCGAUCAGGACGAACUGGUCCACCAGGAAACCACCGGCACCCAGGGAAAAUGCCAAGGGCAUUAAGAGCGGAAAGCCUCCAGCAUUUGAAGACAUCUACAACAACACGAGUCCCACCAAUACGACGGUUUAUUGCGGUGGGUUCCCGCAGAACACCAUCACCGAAGAUCUAAUUCAGAAGCACUUCGCCCAGUUCGGGCACAUACUUGACACGCGGGUUUUCAAAGACAAGGGCUAUGCGUUUAUUCGGUUCGCCAGCAAAGAAUCGGCCGCCCGUGCCAUCGAGGGUACACACAACAGCGAAGUCCAGGGAUACCCGGUCAAAUGCUAUUGGGGCAAAGAGAACGGCGGGGAGGUUAACAGCAACGGCAUCAAUCCGGCCGCUUCGGCACUUGUGGCGGCUGCAGCCGCCUCCGGCAUGAUGAGCAUGAAUGGCAUGGUCGUACAGCAGAACGCCCUGCAACAGAAUGCAGCUGCUGCUGCCGCUGCUGCUGUCGCUCAGCAACACAGUGGAAAUCCGCAAAUGACACAGGCUUCAGCGGCUGCCGCUGCGGCCGGUGCACAGUAUCCUUAUUCCACCGCCUACAGUCAUAUGUACUGGAUUCCGGGUGGUUAUCCGCAGAUACAACAGGGAUAUGUUCAACAAGGAUAUUACGCCUACCCAACGGCUUACGCAGCAGCUAGCCCACAACAAACAGGUUAUCGCAUGAUGCAACCAAACAUGGCUGCAACUGGCUGGGGUAUGCAGACAGUGCCCACAGUGGCAACGAAUGGUGCUGCUGCAGCGAACAUGGCAGCGGCAGCGGCAGCAGCGGCCUCCUCACAGCAGCCAAUGAUGUAUGCAACCAUGCCCCAGUUCCAAACGCAAUGAGAACUA